CAAGGGACCGCUGUUGAAGGUUGCUUACGUUAGGUAGUCGUCGGCAUGGCAGAUUGUCGUUUUAACUUUAGGCUGAUAUGAUCGUGUAGUUAAAGUCCUCGUUGUAUCCUUGUCUAUGUUUAUGGAUUUCCCAGGAUUUCACGCAUCUGCAAAGUGACUUUCAGGUAACGUUGGGAAAAUGCCGUUGCACGGUAAGAUUGUCGUGAUUAAGCGGAGUGGAGGAGAUGGGACUGAAUUUCCUCUGACUGCAGCGUGUUUAUUUGGAAGGAAGCCUGACUGUGAUAUUCGUAUUCAGCUUCCUCAAGUCUCCAAGGAGCACUGCCGGAUUGACUUGAAUGAGAAUAAAGAGGUCAUUUUGACCAAUUUAAGCUCAGCAAAUCCAACGCUUGUCAAUGGCGAGGUUUUGCAGCAGUCUGAGCGCUUGAAGCAUGGAGAUGUUAUAACCAUUAUCGACCGUUCUUUCAGGUUUGAGUAUCCUCCGGCACAAACGCCAAAGAAGAGGUCUGCCAUUGGAGGCAAACCUGAAACCCUCAAGGUUCUUCAAGACCAGCAAGUGGGUGACACCCCUAUUGUGGAAAAAGGAGAAAAGAGAUUCUCUGAAGUGUCAUCAGAUACUUGUCUUAAAGAUGGAGCCAGCCAUGACAAUAUUCAGCGUUCCUUGGAGAAAACCGGAGAGUUGGAGUCCAAGGCAGAUGAUAGCCUGCUACAAGGCAAGAGCAACUCCCCCUUCAGCGACCUGUAUCAAAUGAUCAAAAAAUCUCUGGAUGUCAAGACCCCUCGGAAAUCUUGUGCCAGUCAGCUUGCAACGCCUUCCUCAAAGGUCGCCUCUCCAAAACCCAAUUCGGUCAGAAAAGGUAGUGCCAUUUUCACUGAGAGAAAAAGCACUCCUAAGAAAAGUGAAGUUCUAGCUGGACCUGGAAGUACAAACGGGGGAACCCCGGCGUCUGUGAGGAAGCAAGCGAAGGUUCCAGCUGCUGAGACGGCUGAACCCAGAGCAGAAAAGGCUGAAAAUGGCAGCGUGAUUGAAACGGCUUCACCUCGGAAAAGAAAUGGCGCAACUCCUCAGAAGUUUACUGUAAAUGAGGUUAUUGAGCAAAUUACAGCUGAAACACCCAAGUCGCCUGCGAGGAGGAGGAGUAAGGAAAUGUCACCUGGCAAAACUCCAGUGACCAAGAACCAAGAAGAAAAAACAAAGGCAUCACCCAGGAAUUCAGCUGGAAAAGGAAAAGAAGUGUCCAAAAAACGCAAGAGUGGAGAACUUGGAGAAGACGUGCCCAAACAGCAAGCGAAGAGGAAACGCGUUUCCUUUGGAGGUUACCUGAGCCCAGAGCUGUUUGACAAACGGUUGCCUCCUGACUCUCCAUUACGCAAGGGGGCUACCCCACGGAGGAGCUUGUCUCUCUUGAGACCCAAGCAGUCACUGCUUAGACGAGCAUCCGUCAUCGGCUUGCUAAAAGAGGGCAGCCCACGUGCAAAAAGUCCUGCAAAAACAAAAACACCAUCACCUAAGAAAUCACCGAGCAAGAAAAUGGCUUCUCCUAAGACUCCAACUUCUGGGAAGAAGUCUCCCAAAUCCAGAUCACCAUCACCCAAGGCAGCAUCUCCCGCGAAGAAGUCGCCCAAGUCCAGGUCCCCGUCUCCCGCGAAGAAGUCGCCCAAGUCCAGGUCCCCGUCUCCCGCGAAGAAGUCACCCAAGUCCGGGUCCCCAUCUCCCGCGAAGAAGUCACCCAAGUCCAGGUCCCCGUCUCCCGCGAAGAAGUCGCCCAAGUCCAGGUCCCCGUCUCCCGCGAAGAAGUCGCCCAAGUCCAGGUCCCCGUCUCCUGCAAAGUCGCCCAAGUCCAGGUCCCCGUCUCCUGCGAAGAAGUUGCCCAAGUCACCCAAGUCCGGGUCCCCGUCUCCCGCGAAGAAGUCGCCCAAGUCACCCAAGUCCAGGUCCCCGUCUCCCGCGAAGAAGUCGCCCAAGUCGCCCAAGUCCAGGUCCCCGUCUCCCGCGAAGAAGUCGCCCAAGUCACCCAAGUCCAGGUCCCCAUCUCCCGCGAAGAAGUCGCCCAAGUCCAGGUCCCCGUCUCCUGCGAAGAAGUUGCCCAAGUCACCCAAGUCCGGGUCCCCGUCUCCCGCGAAGAAGUCGCCCAAGUCACCCAAGUCCAGGUCCCCGUCUCCCAAAGCAGCUUCUCCUACCAAUAAAUCACCCAAAUCUAGAUCUGCUUCUCCUAAAGCAACCGCGAGUAAAUCACCAAAAUCCAAGAGCCCAUCUCCUGCAAGAGGAAGAUCUCCUUCUAAAGUGGAAACUCCUAAAACCAAUGAACAGCAGAAAACUCAACGCAGGGCUUCAGCCCCAGGGCAGAUUCCCCACGAGCAAGUUCCUGCUGGAAAAAGAAGGGCAACUGUGGGUUUGCCUGGUACUUCUCUGGAAAGUGUCCCUACUGUCGUCCUUACACCAGCUAAAACUCCCACUAAUUCAGGAGUUCAGACCCCCACAGUCAAGGGGCGAUUUUCUGUGUCACAAAUUAGUACACCCUCUCCAAUAGCUGAAGCCGACAAGGUCACUGACCAGGUUCUUUUGCCCACCGUCACCCCUAAAACACACAAGGGAAGGAAAAGCACCUCGCAGAAGACUCCAGGUGCUGCGAAGAGUGCAGUAAAGAUGCACAGAAGAAGUAGCAUUUCAAGAGCAUCUAUAAAAGUCUCCAAUCCUUGGGCGCACAUUGUGAAAUUUGGUCAACCUAAGGCUCAAGUUGUUGCUCCACUUAAAAAAACCAUUGGCCAAAAGCCUAAGAAGAGAGCAGUGCCCAAACCACAGACACCUGCCAGAAAUCUGAAGGGCUACGUGAGCACUGGACAUGCAGACUCGCCCGCCACCAUUGUUGUUGGUAGAGCACACAGACAGACCGUUGUGCAGCCAACUGGUGCUGCACCAAGAGUGGUCACCAAUGUUGCACUCUUCAAAAAGAACAUGAAAAUGGAUGAAGACUUGACUGGUAUUUCUGAAAUGUUUAAAACUCCUGUAAACGAAAGGAAGCGGAAGUCUUUAAUCGAUGAUAACAGCGUCACAAAGACACCAGCUGGAGGUCAGAGCGCAUCUGUGAUGGAGCCAUCUGUGCUGAGCACACCAGAGGAACCAGGUGAGAUGAUAGUAUCUCCGCUGAGUGUUACAUCUGCAGUAAAAGGCAGAAGAUACAACAAUGAGGCAGUCCAACGCCUCCUUGAUGAAGAUCAAGACGCCACCUUCAUCGGCCAGAUUCAGUCAGAGUCAAGUGAACGGCAGAAUGCAGAUUUGCAGGUGUCCACUGUAACAACUCCCAAACUGAGGCCAGAAUUACCAGAUUCUCUGACCGGAGUUAAGAGGAUCAUGAAAACGCCAAAACAGAAGGCUGAGCCUGUUGAAGAUUUGAGAGGGAAGCUGUUGAAAACUCCAAAACAGAAGCCUGAAAAACAGGAGUGCCUCACUGGAGUCAAGAGGAUCAUGAAGACUCCGAGACAGAAAGCCGAACCUUUAGAGGACAUCAGAGGGAAUCUUCUGAAGACUCCCAAACAGAAGCCUGAACAGCAAGAGUGCUUCACUGGGGUUAAGAGAAUAUUUAGAACUCCAAAGGAGAAGGCUGAACCGCUUGAAGACCUUCAAGGGAAGAUUCUGAAGACCCCCGAAGUCCCAGAAGCUGGUGAUGCCAGUUUGGGUGGUGGUAAGGAGCUUCUGCAGACGCCAGCACAGUUGCAAGAAUCUGACGCAAAAGGCAUGAAAACUCCAAAAAGCUCUCCAGUGGUUCACCUCACUGGAGUCAAGAGAGUGAUGAAGACACCUGUGGAGAAAGGUGCUCCUGUCGAAGAUGUGGUUGGCGUGAAGAGGCUCAUGAGAACUCCCAGACAGAAAGGCGAACCUGUUGAGGCGAAUUUCGGGCUCAAGAGACUCAUGAAGUCGCCAAGGCUGAGGGGUAAUGCUCCAGUGGAGGACUUCGAGGGACUUCAAGAACUUAUGGAGGAGCCACUGACUGAGCCCACAGUACAACCAGAGGCAAAGGAGCAGGGUGAAGCUCAGAUGUCUCUCGACAGCAGUGCAAACGUGGUAAAAGAUGCCAUGGAAACGGUCUCUCAGGCAGAUGCAGUACUUCUUGAGGAAGCUGAGGUGAAGACUGCUGUGAAUGCAGAUCCUGCACAUGAGAAGAAAUCUGUACGAGGCAGAAGGGCAAAAACAGUGGAAUCUAAAGCAGCUGAGGAUAAACAGGAAGAGCCUGUAAUCCCUGCUCCAUCCAGAGGAAGAAGAGGAAAGAAAACUGAAGCUACAGCACCACCUGCUGUUAGACAGACAAGAGGCAGAAAUGCGAAGACAGCUGUUGAGCUGUCAGCAGAAGAGAAUCACCUUCCUUCUCCCAAAGUUGCUCCUAAGCCAAAAAGGGGUAGAAGUGCACAGCAGUCUUCUGAUGAGCCUGAAGUUGCUGCUGAAGCUGAGCGUGUUCAGAGCCACCCACUUGAUGUUGAGGAGAAAGCAAAUGAAAGUGCUGUGCCCAAGCGAGGAAGAAGAGCUAAGCAACCCAAAAAGUCACAGCAACGAAAUGCAACUGAGGAUGUUCCCCAAGAUACACCAGAUGCAAAUGUAGCCUGCAGUGACCAGCCUGAGGUGUUGCCAGGCAGAGCUGAUGAAAACAAAUCUGAUGCCAUGGAAACUGUUGUCCAAGCACGUCAAGCUGAAAGCUUACUUCACGUGCAGACACCAGCUUCACUUCAGAAGAAAUCUGUCCGAGGCAGAAGAGCAAAACAGGCCGAAUCUGAAGAACUUGAAGAUAAAAAAGAGGCAGCUGAAAUUGCUGAAGAUCCCAUUGUGCCUACUCCAGCGAGAGGAGAAAGAAGAGGGAAGAAAAUGGAAGCUGUAGCGCCACCUGCAGCUAGACACACAAAAAGAGGCAGAAAUGCAAAGUCUCAGGAGAGCACCUCUGAGACCUCCGCUGAUGCCAGUGCCCAAGCGUCUCUGAUAAACACCAGUCUGUCUGCACUCCAGACAGAAGAAGCUGUUGUUAAGCCAGUCAGAGGGAGGAGAGCAAAACAAACACCUGUUAAGCCAGCUCAACCAGAGCCUGAAACGGUUGAAACAGCAAGUGGGGAACAGAGCCAGGUGGAAAACUCUGAGCCUCAGAAGACCACUCUUCCCACAGCUGGAAAACCACGAAGAGGGAGAAAGGCAAGACAGGAUACCGCUGAACAGAAUGAGGCGACAGAAGAGGUGGUCAAGCAGGCAGCAGUGGAGACGAAUGAGCAGUCUCAGCCUCCAGCCAGAGUAAAGAGGGGCAGAAAUGCCAAACAGGAUGAAGAAAAGAUGAAUGAGCCUGCUAAAAAAAUAAAACUAACAAGAAAGUCUGAGGAGGCUCAAACGGAAUUAACAGAAGCCCAAACUGUUAAAAUGGUCAUUUCAGAAACAACAGAACCAGCCCAGAUAAGCGAACAGGCCAGUGUGGCCACGAAGCCCAGAAGAGGAGGGCGGAAAGCAAAACAAGACACAGAGAGUGUGGAAUCCAUUGAGGUCCAAGAGGUCCCUGUUCUCAGCACAGAAAAUAAACCCAAACGAGGCAGGAGGGGAAAACCAGCUGCCGAAGAAACUAAAGCCACUGCCGAAAGUCCUGAACACAAGCCGAAGGCUGAGGAGGCGAAAAACGCUGAGCCACUUUCCUCGUCUAUGAAAACUAGCAGGUCAAGGGGAGUGAGGGCUUCUGCUAAAUGUGAGACUUCACAAGCCAUUCCAGCCAAGAGAGCCCGCAGAGGUACAACUGUUUCUCCUGAGGAGGUCAGCACAGAAUCCACAGUUUUGGUUUCCGAGCCUGCUCCCACGUCAGUGGAACCAGCAAGAAAGGGAAGACGGGGAGCAUUCAAGUCCACAACAGAAGAGCCUACGACGACUACUGAUCAGAAGAAUCCUGAAGCUGUUGAGAGCAACGCAAAGAUGCCCAAAAGAUGCGUUAAGUGGAAAUCACACUUGGAAGUCUUUGAGAUUCCAAAGGCGACACCUGUAAAAGCAGCGCGAGGUAAGAAGUCUAAAGCUGCAGACCAAGUCAACAGUGAAAGCAAAAAUGUGUCAAAUGAUGCCAACAAAACUGAAGAGGAGGAUCUCUCAGAUAAAGCUGUUGACAGUAGACCUGUUAAGAGAGUCGGACGAGGGGCGAAGACUGCUGCCAAAGUGGAACCUGCAAACAACCCAGAGAAAAACGUUGAAGCCAAAACGCAGCCUAAAACCCGCAGAGGAAGAUCAGCAAACAAAUAGAUGUAUUUGUACACAUCAGUACCUUUUUAAUGAUAAUCUAUUUUUGUACUUGUGGCUUUUUUUCUCUCUCUCUCUCUUUUUUUUUUUAAGAUUGUAAUGCUUUGUAGUCCAUAGUUUUAUAGUGAAAAAGCUUUGCCUGAGUUCAGCAGGGAAUCUUUGUUCUUAAUCAUUUGGUGUCAAGCUGUAUUAUUCUUCACUGAUUCUGCAAAUACUUUAUGGUUCAAGAAAUUGGUUAUUAAAUUUUUUUCUACAUUA